ACCCUAUGUCACGGACUUGCGUGACACAKCUCAUUGGAAGUCUAUUUUCGUCAUACUUGUGAUGAAGCACAAAUGGCUGCAUUCAAUAAUCAAUCUUUAUAUGAUUACUUGGAAAGUCCUCAUAGUCUGCAGCAUUUAUGCCGUAGAACCAUCGUUUUAUCCCUCAUCAAGCGAGUAGGACUGCUCAAUGUUGUUUCAUGUUUUAAGGGACUUCCUCUGCCAACAGCGAUUAUCGAUUCUCUUUCUCAAACUUGCAAUCGAGAAAUCUCUGACAUUAGAACCUUGAAAUGGGGUAGUUCUGGAAAUUACAUGAUAUAUGGUGAAAGUGUGACAGUGAUAUCGAUGAGUUUUGGACUUAAACACCAAAGAGACGAAGUAAUUCGAGAUAUCAAGAAAUUGAGGACACUUCGGCAUCAUAAURUUUGUAGAGUUAUUGCUAGUUUCGAGGAAAACGAUGUAAUAGGUGUKCUCUACCAACCCGGAACUUACUCUCUAAGUGACAUUGUAACUCAUUUAAAACAAAUCGGYGAAAGUAUCCCAGAGACGGUUAUCUGGAAGAUACUAAACCAACUUUCCAGUGCCUUGAAGUACUURAACAAGAACAAUAUCAAACUGCAAAUAUUCACUAACAAGAUUGUAACAAUAACAAGGAAUUGGGAUGUCCUGAUAGGCAGUAUAUUAAGGAACAGUGACAUGGUUUAUGAUAUUAAACAUGAAAUGAACCUUGGYGUGUAUGCAUCCCCAGAAACAAUUCAUGGAUAUUCGUGCGACGAUCGGCAAUAUACAUGGUUCAUAGGCUGCAUCGCUUAUGAAUUGAUGUACAGAGAAACUGCUUAUCACACUUCAUAUGGUGUGUCACUUUAUGACACAUUACUGAAAAUAGUAGAAGGACAUCCACCUAGUAAGCUUCAUCUUACCUUGGGAUACUCUGAGAAUCUUAGAAAGUUUAUAUCAAGCUGUCUUACACACAUUACUGAAGCGCGUCCAACAUUAGAACAGGUUUAUGAACUCACAAAACAAAAGAACAGUAAUUAAAGACAGGUGAAUUGUAAGAACAGUUUUACACAUUCAUUAGCCAUGUUGGUUAUAAACUUAGGACAAAAUAUGGGGUGGUAGAUCGCACUUAAACCAUGCAACUGUACAAACUAAAUAGUGCUAUUUAGUUGUAUUAAGUAAAUCGUGCAUGCGAUACGCAAAUUAAAUUGACUUUAUACAAAAGAAGCAUUCAAUACCAUCUUGUUUCAGGUCCAUAUUUAGUACAAAUUAGUACUUCUUACAUUUUUUACAGUUGUACGGUUUGAAGUGCGAUCACUCACAAUCUUCUGUUUAACACUACAGGAAAUUUUCAUUUUAUUGCUUUGAUUCACUAAUAGAAGACAAGGGAUUUUGUACUAUAUUUAGUAACACUGCAAACCAUUAGCAAACCAUUUCACAGAUAUAGUAAAAUGCACAAUAUGUGCACAUUAUAUACGAAGGCUGAUUGUUGGUUCACGUAUUUUGGCCUAAUUCCAUUGACAAAUAAUAGUAUUAAUCCAGUAUUUUUUAAAGAAAUCAGGCAAACUGAUAACUUGCAAGAAUAAUAACUUAUUUUAAACUAUAAUCUAUUAGUUAAAAUUCAAUUUGUAUAUACAUUUUAACAUUAUCAUACUGGAUAACAUUGCAAUUCCAAUAAUGUAAAAAUCAGCAGCAGGAGGUUUAUGUUGUUUUUYUGUAAAUAUUAAUAUAAUUGUAUCAUUCUAUUUACAGUCUAAUAUAGAUACAUGUAUGUAUUAAAAUAAUAUGACAUGUAUUUUAGAAUCGCUCUGCUGAWCUACUUGCAACAGCUCUCAUAUUGCCAUACACUUUUGAMGGUGGGCUCCCUGUUGAUGUAAAUAAUUCUACCUUAGCUAUGUGCAAAAACACAAUACAUCAACUAAUAUCAAUAUUAAUGUUUUUUCUUCUUUUGAUGUUAUUAUUUAAUCUCCUAAAAUAAAUCUGAUGACAUGUGAUAAAGCACACCAUA